AUGUCAAUUAAAGCUGAAUUACAAUAUCAAUUAAAAGAAAUCGGUUAUGAACUUGGUCCAUUCACAUCAAAAGAUACAUUAUCUAUCAUACGAUGUCUUCAUUCUGUAGUAUUACAAGAAAAAAAUAUCAAUGUUGCAAAAUUAAAUGAUCUUGAACUUCGAGCAAAUCUAACUCAACAUGGUUUUAAAGUUGGACCUAUUACAAAUCAUACUCGUGCUAUUUAUCAACGUAAAUUACUUGAAGUAUUAACUCAUCAAACAACGAAUGGACAAGACGAUGAGUUUGAAAUUGAUGAAUCAAUUCAUCAAACUGAAUAUGAUAUUAAUGAAAAUAGUAGUCUCUAUUCGAAUUCACAAAAUUUUAAAAAUACUAAACCGAUAAUUAUUCGACAUGAUUAUAAAGCUACUUCAUCAUCAAGAAAUAUAUCAAAACGAAAUACUUAUGAAGAAUCAAAUGAAAUACGACCACGUAUUUCAACUAAAUCCAAUGAAAUUAAGAAAGAUAUUACAUCGAAUAAAAUUAAAAAUGAUAAAUUAAAAAUUGAAAAAAAGAGUAAUGGUACAUUUGUUUAUGCUAUUAUAACAAUUGUUGUUGCUAUUAUUGUAUUUUUUGCUUAUUUAUGGUUUGAAAAAUGA